GAGCGCCGCGUCCUCAUCAGCUGUUCCGACGGCGUGCAGCGGUGUCGCACCGAGAGCUGUCCUUCAGCAUUCCCCCCCAUUUCCUGUGCCCUUUCCCUCCCGGAGAAGCCCAUGUGACUCCAGCCGCUUUUAGAAAGAAGAAGAUAAAGAUGAGGUGGAAUGAACGCCUCGUUUGCUGCGUCCUGCUGUUCGUGGUGCCCGCUGCGCUGCAGUGGCCAGAAGACAAUGGAGUCUCCCUUCUACAACUGAUCGGGGAUCCUCCACCGAGUGAAAUCAGCCAAGUCUAUGGACCGGACAACGCCAUCGGCUACGUCUUCGGCCCAGAUGCCAAAAUGGGCCAGCUGGCUGUCGCUCACUUCCCUACGCCCUUCUACAGAGACUUCUCACUCAAUUUCCACCUGAAACCAACCUCGAACGAGGGAGGUGUUGUCUUCUCAAUCACAGACUCGUCCCAGCAGGUCAUUGUAGUGGGGGUAAAACUUUCAACUGUGGAGAGGCAAACCCAAGAUGUCAUUUUCUAUUACUCCGAGACCGGCUCGGAGCAGUCCUAUGAAGCAGCCAGGUUCCAAGUGACCUCAAUGACAGACACCUGGACCCGUUUUUCUAUCUCUGUACGAGAUGACAAGGUGGCAUUCUAUUUCAACUGUGACCUGAGCCCUGUAGUGAAGCGCUUUGAGAGAUCCCCUGAUGACAUGGAACUGGAAAGGGGUUCAGGGGUAUUUGUUGGGCAGACCGGAGGGCCCGAUCCUGAAAGAUUCCUGGGUGUGAUCAGUGAGCUGAGGGUAGUGGGAGACCCCCGCGCUGCAGAGACUUUCUGUGAUGAAGAUGGAGAUGACUCAGAUAUGGCAUCGGGGGAAGGAAGUGGCUACGAAGAAACCAGACCGCAAAAGCAAAACAUGGACAGAAACAGAUUCUCGACUGCUCCUCCAUUUCCAUCUUUUAUGUCCAUCCAAAAGCCCCCACUGGCCACAAGUGGUGAAGAGGCUGUUGUUAGAGAUACUGCCAUCAAAUCAGAGCACAUGUCAGUUUUUGUGGAGUCUGGAUCCAGACUUCAUGGGUCAGCAGGGGCAGUGGGAGCUAAAGGAGAAAAGGGGGAGCGAGGGGAAAGAGGAGAGAAAGGAGACAGGGGCCCUGCAGGCCCAAAGGGAGACUCAGGCCCUGGCUCUAGCUCCGCCUCGGGCUCCCGUGGAGAAAAGGGAGAACCUGGUGAAAAGGGAACAAAGGGUAGUGCUGGCUUUGGAUAUCAAGGCAAAAAGGGUGAUCCUGGCCAACCUGGACCUCCGGGACCCCCCGGCCCUCCAGGACCGUCAACAGAGUAUGUACCUUCCAGUGACGGCACAGUUGUUUCUAAAGUUCAAGGACCCAGAGGACCACCUGGACCACCAGGCCCCCAAGGACAACCAGGAGAGGAUGGAGAGCCGGGAGAUCCUGGAGAAGACGGAAAAACUGGUUCUCCAGGUCCCCAAGGUUUCCCAGGAACACCUGGUGACCCUGGAAGAAAAGGAGAUAAGGGGGACAGAGGAGAGGGUCAACCUGGCCCCAGAGGGGCCCCAGGACCACCAGGACCCCCAGGACCAGGAAUGAGAUCUACCUUCGUAGAUAUGGAGGGCUCUGGAUUCCCUGAUCUGGAAUCUCUUCGGGGACUUCCUGGACCACCUGGUCCCCCAGGCCCUCCUGGUCCUCCUGGUAGUUCCGUGACGGGCCCAGCAAUGGGCUCUGGAGCAUUCGGGCCCCCAGGCAGGGAUGGAGCUGCCGGUCAACCUGGCUUGCCUGGUACUGAUGGCCUUCCUGGAGCUCCUGGUCCUAAGGGAGAUAAGGGAGAUGCAGGAGAUCUUGGUCUUCCAGGAGCAAUUGGAGAAAAGGGAGACCGUGGUGAACCUGGCUUACCAGGAUCUCCAGGAGAGUCUGGACUGGCUGGCCUACCAGGACCUAUGGGACCAGUUGGACCUCCCGGACCACCGGGACCUCCAGGAAGUAAUUAUCGAGUCGGAUUUGAUGACGUUGAGGCGUCUGGGGGUCGCUUUACCAGUGGUCUUGGUAUCAGAGGACCACAGGGUGCACAGGGUCCUCCUGGAUUACCUGGAAAUCCAGGUAGACCGGGGCUUCCUGGCGUACAAGGUCAAAAGGGCAGAGAGGGCCCCCCAGGUAGAGAUGGACAACCAGGCCUAGACGGAUUCCCUGGAACUCCAGGACAAAAGGGUGAAAGAGGAGAUAAAGGAGAUAGAGGUGAAGCCGGUCGAGACGGAGCUGGGCUUCCAGGUCCACCGGGUCCUCCUGGACCGCCUGGGCAAAUAUUCUAUCAGCCAUCUGACAAUUUUGAUGCUGCUUUCGGCAGAGCCGGCCCUCAGGGUGGGCCUGGUUUACCUGGUCAAGCUGGGUUUCCUGGUCCUGUUGGGCCAAAGGGGGAUACUGGUAACCCCGGUCUACCAGGUUUAGGAGUGAAGGGGGAGAAAGGGGAGCCAGGAUUGAUCAUUGGACCUGAUGGAAAUCCACUAUAUCUGGGAGGGCUCACUGGUCAGAAGGGAGACAUAGGGCCUCAGGGACCCGCAGGACCCAUGGGCCCUCAGGGGCCUCCUGGAUUAAAGGGUGAAAUUGGAAUGCCUGGAAGACCAGGACGUCCUGGUGUUAAUGGAUACAAGGGGGAAAAAGGAGAACCAAGUGGAGGUUUAGGCCAUGGAGGUGUUCCAGGUCCUCCAGGACCACCUGGUCCCCCCGGACCUCCUGGGCCACCAUUUGCAAUAGAUCGCUUCAAUCGCUAUGAUGACAUUUCAAGGAAUUACCCAGUGAAAGGGGAAAAAGGAGAACGCGGUGAUCCAGGAUUUCCAGGAACAGCCUCUGAUUUUGACAUUUACACACUAAAGAAUCAGUGGAAAGGAGAGCGUGGAGACCCAGGUGUUAAAGGAGAAAAGGGAGAGCCUGGAGCUGGACAUGAUCCCCAAUAUGGAGCACUACAGGGCCCUUUGGGACCACCGGGCCUACCGGGCCCAAAGGGAGAUUCUAUAAUGGGUCCCCCAGGACCCCAAGGACCUCCAGGAUCACCAGGGAUCGGUUAUGAUGGUCGUCCUGGUCCUCCAGGUCCCCCUGGACCACCAGGUCCCCCAUGGUCCCAGACAUUACCUGAAUCAUACAAGCCGAAUUAUCCUGUCAGUGUCCCUGGACCUCCUGGGCCUCCUGGGCCUCCCGGUCAUCCCGGCCAUUCCUCUGGGGUUAUGGUUUUGAGGUCAUAUGACACUUUGAUUGCUACCGCCAGAAGUCAAGAGGAGGGAAGUCUCAUUUACAUCUUAGACAAAGCUGACCUUUAUUUGAGAGUGCGAGAUGGACUACGGCAAGUUAUGCUUGGAGAGUACAAUCCUUUCUUCAGAGAUUUCGACAACGAGGUGGCAGAAGCUCAGCCCCCACCUGUGGUUCUUUACCCACAUUCUCCAGACCACUCACAGAAUAACGGGGCAAGCCAGUACUCUCAAGGUGGUUCUGUUAUACGACCCAUUGAAACUCCACCCCCUGUGGAGCGCAGAUAUCCUCCCCAGUACGAGCCCAGGUUUCCUGACCAGCAACGCCCGAGUCAGACUGAUGGGAGAUUAAUCAACCAGCCCAGUGAUGGCAAAUAUGCUGUCACUCCACAGCGCCGGCCCAACCCACCAGUACCAGGGCCUGUAGAAACAUCAACGUUAGGGUUGCGUCUUAUUGCGUUGAACACCCCUCAAAGUGGUAACAUGAAAGGAAUCCGUGGGCCAGACUACCUUUGCUUCGAGCAGGCUCGUGCUGCAGGUCUGAGGGGAACCUUCAGAGCCUUCCUGUCCUCCAAGGUCCAGGACCUCCACACCAUCGUCCGCCACUCAGACCGAGAAAAGCCUCCCAUUGUCAACCUCAAGAACCAAGUGUUGUUUGACAGUUGGCAGUCAAUCUUUGGUGAGAGUGUCAGCAAAAUGAGGAAGAAUGUCCCCAUCUACUCCUUUGAUGGUAGAGACAUCCUCAGGGACAGCGCAUGGCCUGAGAAAAUGGUGUGGCAUGGGUCAAGUAAAAAGGGCCACCGGCAAACCGACCAGUACUGUGAAGCAUGGCGGGCGGGUGACCAAGCUGUGACCGGUCUGGCAUCGUCACUGCAGAGUAGCCACCUCCUACAGCAAACCCCCACCAGCUGCUCAAGAGCCUGCAUCGUCCUCUGCAUCGAGAACGCCAUGGUUUCACCCUCGAAAUAAUCUAGAAUCUUUUCUCUGUAUUUUGGGCCUUAGUUAACAUGUUUUUAUAUCCAAGCACACCCUUUUUUUUAACAAAAAAAAAUUGUGAAAAAAAAAAUAACUUUCAAUUAUGCAGCUUGUAAAUUUGUGCCUCCAAUGAACUGGCCCAGUGGCAAAUUUACCUGGCAGGUACACUCUACCACUGUCUGCCCUUUCCCUCCAUUAAUGCCAAAGAGAUGGGUCAAUCAGAGGGGUGUUGGUCCUUGUUCUCGGGAGCAUUGGCACAUAUUUUUGUCAAGGGGUGCAACAAGAUGACAGCAUUCUUAAGUUUAUUCCUUUUUCAGUUGCUAGCUCUGUAUAUUACAUUUGUCCGUUGUUGUGGGGAGUUUUUUUUAUGUUACCAUAUUUUGCCUUUUAAAAAAAUCUGUAUACAAGUUUUUUUGUUGUUUUGUUUUAUAGGUUGUUUUCUAUCUUCACUUGAUCAAUUCCACAUUUCUUUUUUCCCAUUUCAUUGGAGAGGAUAAGCUUGUGAUGUCAAACAGCAAACAUUUUUAGGACUAUUUUUACAAUUAAAAGAGAUAUUUAUUUUUAAAUGAAGUUUUGCAAGGGCGAAAAAUGAAAAAAAAAAGUUUUCUGAAACACCUUUGUUUUUAAUUUACUAUCUGCUAUCUAUAGGAGACUUUUAUCAUAAAUUGUGCCUUAUUAAACAGAAAACAAAUAUUGUGUGCAUUAUUCUACAGAUACAAAAGAAUGUCCUUUUUUUCUACCUAAAACUGCAUAAACUAAAAGUAAAUUUUUAAACUAAAACAAUGAUUCCACAGCAAUAUGGAAAGAUGCCUUUAAAAAUGAAACUUUCUCCUGUUUGAAGUGACGAUCAAGUUAAUCCGUUUGUUAUUUUGUAAUAUUUCUUUUGGUGUUAGGGACAGCCAAGUAAUUAAUGAAAUGUUUCCCCCAAUCAGUCUUUGAUUCAUAAAUUUGUCUGACAUGUACAAAAAAAUAUUAAAAAUGUCAAAUGCUUGUUUUCACUAUAACAUUUGCUGUAUUGUUUCACCCCUUGCACUGAAAUAAAAAUGUUCAUAGAAAAUUGA